AUGGCCCCGCCACAAAAGUCUGAUCAACAAGUGGCCGCCGAGUUCACGUCGUACUACCUGCAACGCGCCACGAAAGAGUUUGCCGAGGACCUCGACAAGGUGCGCUCUGCCGACGACUUCAAGAACGAUGCGCUCCAGAUCAUCGUGAGCGCUCUACAGCAGGGUACCACCAUGUUCUCCCCCGAGGAGCAGAGAAGGAUCGUCACGGCUGCGGCUCGCCCGGCCAACAAGGCAUGAGGUUGAGCUCUAAACCCUCAGUUCGAUCUGCACGAUACCAUUGGAGUGCCGGUGGUCCUUGGACUAAUUCACGAGAACGCCGCGCAUGGUUCGCUGGCAGCAGUUGAAGUGUGGACACAUAUUUAAUGUCACUCUGCCUCAACUGCAGUCACGGUCAUCAUCAAACGCGAAACCUGAAAUCAACGUCCAAACCAGUGGUUCGCCGAUAUUGCAUGGACCUUCUAGAUCACAACCAGAAUGCAAAGAAAGCCUCUAUAUAAAUAUGAUGGAACUCGCCGUAGUUACCGGAGUCCUUCUACUCCUCUAGCCCACAAAUGGCCGU